ACCUAGGGUAAGCAACUAAACACUCAAGCAGGGAGGUUCCUUAGUCCCUAGUACCAAAUAGUUGCAUAGCUCGCCUGAGAUACCUCGUUCUAAACUUCUUUUGCUUCACGUUUAGAGUUUAUGCUCUCAUUCCUCCACUUAGUCAAUCUCAUCUCAUGACAUCCCGGGAAUCUCAUAGGCGAAUUCUACUGUGACCUACUGUGACGUCUGUGACGUUGCGUUCCAGGUUGAUAUUUUUAGAGUUAGUUGAUGGUGAAUGGAUGCUGGCUCCGCUGACCGUCGACCUCUUUUACCACAUUAUCUUGGUAAUAUACCUUGUCAUAUUCAUUUUCUUGCACGCCAAUCGUAUUCGCUUCUAUGUGUUGGCAAUGGCCGAUAUGAUGAAUCCGCAAACACCGCCAAGGAAGCUUUUUAAGCCUUCUAGCAAGACGAAGAUGCCUACUCCUGUGAGGAAGAGACCCACCACCCCGACACCGUCAAGUGCUCAGUCUCAUGCGGUUUUUACUCCCACUGAAACUAUAAGUCGGAAUACAGAACGCUCGGGAAUUUUCUCAAGAAGGUCAUCAGAGGCGACACAGCGCGCCUUUAGUAGUUCGGGAAAGGAAGACGACAUCUCGGACAAGUCGUAUAGCGCAUUCAAAAGUAUUGCUGGUAAACCUCGAGAAAUUCUCAGUCCAUCGACCGACAGUCUUCCUGGUCCUUCAAAUCCCACCGACUCCCUGAAUUCCCCGACCGACAUUGCCAAAUACUUUCUUGAUCAGGGAAAUACAGAAAUGAGCAGUUUCAUAACAGCACUAACUGGAAAGACCCCGAAUGAUCAAAAAAGCACUACAAGUAACAGUGGAAACUCGGACAAGGGAACGGAAGAUCCAGUCGCAGAAACGAGUUACGUAGGCGACCAAGCCGGCGAAACCCCUAAUACAAUACAGGAACUACCCAGAGACGACGCUUUGGUGGCUUCACCCAGCGACAGAACGAAAGAAGCUAUUGGUCUAGUUGAUAGUGACCCCAAGUCAAAGUCUGCUGGUGGUGCGGACGAAAAGAAGAUUGCUAGUGGUCAGAACACAGAUACUGAAGAGCUACAAGAGUUAGCAGGCGCGAAGGAUUUGGACCAAGACGAAGAAUUAGCCGACACAACACCCAAACCUGCAAGUGUGUCGAAAGAGGCGGAAGGUGUCACUAGCAAUCCCGAAGACCAAAGCCUGGGCGCCAUGCCGACCAAUACCAUGGGUAAACCAGAUACAGCUAGUAUUUCUAAAAAUGCGCAAGUUGAAGUGUCGAAUGCAAAAGACAAGGUGAAUGGAGUUAAUCAUGCUGCUACAAAUGGGGUUGAACAUAAGUCUGCGACUUCUUCACCGAAACCCCCUGACAAUACACAUGUUAUAGACAACAUGGGCAAACCUGCGCACAUUGAACGGCGAGUUGAAAUACCACUUCCUCGUCCAGAAAAAGUUGUUAGCAGCCCCCCUCCACUAGACAAGCCUGAUGCGAGUAAUAUCGAAGCUGGUCUAGGCGACGCUGCCGACCUACCUGGUACGGACGGUCUACCCAGCGUAGAUGAAUUGCCAAAGCUUUCAGACGAAACGUCGCAAGAUCCGCCAGAAGAAAUUUUAGAUCCGUCGGUACAUUCUCCCUCCUCCAAUAUCACACCCAUCCCGAAGAUUCCAAAAGUGACACCCAUUGGAAUGGCACCACCUCUUGAUCUACCGACUCUCGCCCAAAACCUGGGCGGCAACGAAGUCGACGACGUCGGGAACAUUGUAGAUGCUUCCGGUAAAGUGCUCGGUCACGCCACGGGUGACCUUCCUGCCAUGGUUGGUAGAAAGGUUUCUGACAAUGGGGAGAUAUAUGGAGAAAGGGGGGAACUCAUUGGAUAUGUGUCGGAAAACUUUACCAAUCCACAACCACCCCCAUCUGAUAUCCCUGAUCAUGUUCUCGGGGGUCUGAAGGUUGAUCACGAUGGAAACAUUCUCGACUCGGAUGGGAAUAUAAUCGGUCGUUUCAAUGAAAAGGCCGGAAAGAAUGGCAAUCUAGCACCUUUCCUGAACAGGUCCAAAACAGGCGACUCCCAAACCGAAGAGAAGAAUGAAUCUAAUGAAGAAUCUAAGCCGAAAGUAAAUGCUCACACAGGUGGAAGUCCUUCGGAUAUAUUUCUGGAUGUUAAGUCUACGACGGAUGGGAUUCAAUUGACCAUUCGCAUUCCCACGACGUUCCAGAGACAACCUCAAAAUUCAUAAGCCAGUACACCUCCUUAGGUCGUUACUUGGGUAUCUCAUUUUAUUAUCGACGUUGUUAUGUAUAUUUAUAUUUAUAAUCCUGGAUUAAAAUCUCGUUUUUACAGUUUUACAUAGGUAUUUUGGGAAAAAAGGUAAAAUGAAUGGCAACCAUGCUUGUUCUUGGGUAUGGUAGCGCUGGGUCUCCCUUACGUAGCGCAGCAUAAUAUCAUGUAUUUUUAUGUACUUAAUCAGGAAGGAAAAUGACCAAGUUCAUAAAUAUCGAACACCA